UUAGUUCUGCGCAUGCGCACUGACGUCCACAACUCUCGAGUCGGGCAGACAUCAACAAGAGAGCGGGUUUACGGAUGCGGGCUCGAUGUUCACCAUAUAGUCCCAUUUUAACCAAACCCCUUUACGGAUUUUUUGGACUAUUUUUACGCAACUUGCAGCAAGAUGUUUGGCUUUCACAAGCCAAAAAUGUACAGGAGUCUGGAUGGCUGCUGCAUCUGCCGCGCAAAGUCAUCCAGCUCUCGCUUCACGGACAGCAAGCGCUAUGAGAAAGACUUCAGGAGCUGUUUUGGACUGAGUGAAACACGAUCUGGAGAAAUCUGCAACGCUUGUGUGCUCCUGGUGAAGAGAUGGAAAAAGCUACCUGUGGGAACCAAAAAGAACUGGAACCACGUGGUUGAUGCCCGAGGAGGUCCUAGCCUAAAGUUGACUUCUAGGCCCAAAAAAAUCAAGUCCAUCACCAAGAAAGCCCGUCCGAGCCAGAUCAGCCGGCUGCAAAAAGAGCUUAAAAGAAACAACUCUGAUGCCCACAGCACCACCUCCAGCACCUCUCCGGCCCAAUCUCCCAGCUACAGCAACUUGUCUGAUGACGGCUCGGACACAGAGCUCAGCCGGGGAUCCGUUCGCUCGCCCGUCUUCUCCUUCCUGGACCUCACCUACUGGAAAAGACAAAAGGUGUGUUGUGGAAUCAUCUACAAGGGUCGCUUUGGGGAAGUGCUCAUUGACCCCCACCUGUUCAAACCCUGCUGCCGCAAGAAACAACAACAACAGCAGCAGCAGCAGAAACAACAACAACAACAACAGCAGCAGCAGCAGCAGCAGCAGCGACACGAAGAGGAUGAGGAAGAGGAGGAGGAGGAGGAGGAGGAGGAUGAUGAUGAUGAUGAAGAAGAGGCAGAGGCCAACGGCGGCCAGGUGGCUGUUCGCCGGAUGACACCCCCGGCUGAAGAGCAAGCGAAGGAGGCGGCGACAUGCGGGCAAAAUGCAGUGAUGUCAGAAGAAGUCUGGUAAAGUCACAAAGCUCACACAUCUCUGGAAAAAAAGGUCUUUUUUGUCCUUCGCAACAAGCACUUACAAGAAGGAGUCUCGUCAUGCCGCCUUCGACAAUAAGCAGCUGAAAAUUUUUGGUCUUCUCCAUCACAACAAUGCUGGAGGUUUGUUUGUUGUAUUUAGACCGUUAACGUAUGGACUGUUGUGUUUUUGUUCUAUUUAAAAUAGUCUCACUUUCCUGACAAAUGGACCAUCAUCUGUAGUUUUUUUUCUGUCUUUAGAUACACGCUGGAGUUUUAGUUUGCUGGUAUGUUUGAAUUUCACAAUGCAAUAGAUCCCGUUUCUUCCCGAAGAUGGUGCUACUUUUAAGUUUGUCACCCAACAGUUAGUUAGAAAUGACCUCAUCCUCGAGAAAAUCAGCAUGUACAGUGGAUAUAGAACGUGAACACACCGGUGUGAAAAAAACAAACAAGACUGUGAUCAAUUAUUUCAAAGCUCGUUUCCCCCAAUAAAAGUAUGUGACCAAUGAGAAAUAAAAAAAUAAAAAUAAAAAAAUAAGCUAGUGGCAUUGAUUUGCAUACCUUAAAAUUAAUACUGUAUGUCUGUUUAAUGCUAGGUCUACUUUAACGGCUCUGAUAGAGAAGGGUUUCUGUGUGAAAGAGACAAAAAGUUACCAGAUUCUUCCUAUUUUCUUGCCACAUUUAUUUCAUUCUCAAUGGAAUUUUGAAGGUUAUGGGUUCUCUUUUAACUGUGACUUGUUUUAACAGGUCUGUGUUCACUUUCUACACCCACUGCAAUAAUCCAGGAUGACUAACAGUUUUACUCACGUCUAUUCAAAGAACUUUUUCACCCUGUUCCUACUAAAUGUUAUUCAAUAAUGGCGGCCUCUUCCCGCUCACGGGGCACACACUUGCAUGUGCACAGUAGCAUUAGUGUGAUCCACUCCCGACUUAAAAGAGUUUGUGUUUGUCAACCGGAUUAGCGUCUGUGCGUGGAAAUACUCCCAUUGGAAAAUAAGGCCUAUUCACAGCUUCAACAGCAAAUACACCAGCCUUACUCGUCAUGUCGCAGUUUAUAGAUUGGGGGUGUCCAGAGUGCGGCUCAGGGGCCAUUUUCGCACCACAGCUUUUUUUUCUUAAAUCUGCAUAUUCUAAAAAUAAAAAAUAUGUUAAUAGUGAGGCAUGUUAGAUAUUACACUAAUUUGCUUGGUCACCUAUAACACAUAGCUAAGAUGUUGGUUUGGUUUUAGUUUAUAUUGAACUACAUUGGAUUGUGUUUAGUGUCUUUAAUCUGCAAAAUAUUUCAAAGUGGCCCACUCAUCCUUCACUUUUUCUGUAUGCGGUCCACAAUGGCAAAAGUUUGGACACCCAUGGCUUAUAGUGGUUAUUCAACAAAAACAAGGGACAGUAGCGAUAUAAAUUUAUGUGGCCUCAGCAACACAUAGUGCAUUUUUUUCACCUGAUGACCUACAAGCCCAAUCUCAUCCGAAAGACCCGAUUAUCUGAUUGCAUGGCCUUAUAUAAACUUGUAAAUCUUACUUUUUUAUUUUUUGUGGAUCAAUUUCUCUUGAGCUUAUUUUUGUAUGUAAACAAAAAAAAAAUAAGAAAACUGAAAAAUAGAAGUGUCUUUGAAUAACAAUAACACACAAUACGACAGCGAAAACACAUUAUCAAUCUAUAGUCACUCAACAAUACGAAUCAGUCAAUUGUCAUUCCUGGGUCAGUAUAUGAUAAUAACUUUAUACAAGCUGAAAUUUUAUGCCAUUGCCUCUUUAUAUACCACAAAUGUGUUGUGAUACUCACUUGUCCGUUUAUUAGACACCCACAGAUUAAAUAUUUUAUUAAAUGUGUGUCAGAUUGUUGUGUUGUAUGAUAACAUUUACUCCUAAUAUUUUACUUACAGUGGUCCGAAAAAGUGUUUGUCCUGAUUUCUUAUUUUUGCAUGUCUGUCACUCUUAAAUUUUUCAGAUCAUCAAACAAAUUAAAAAAUAUUAGUCAAUGACUACACAGCUGAACACAACAUGCAGUUUUUAAAUGAAACUUUUUGUUAUUAAGAAAGAAAAAAAUCCAAAUCUACAUGGCCCUGUGUGGAAAAAGUGAUUGUUCCCAAAACCUAAUAACUGGUUGAGUUACCCUUAGCAGCAACAACGGCAGUCAAGCAUUUGCAAUAACUUGAAAUGAGUCUCUUCCAGCGCUGUGGAGGAAUUUUGGCCCACUCAUCUUUGCAGACAUGUUGUAAUUCAGCCACAUUGGAGGGUUUUCCAGCAUGAAGUGCCUUUUUAAGGUCAUGCCAUGACGAGGCCACUCCAAACUCUUCAUUUUGUUUUUCUUCCUCCAUUCAGAGGUGGACUUGCUGGUGUGUUUUGGAUCAUUGUCCUGCUGCAGGACCCAAAUUGGUUUCAGCUUGAGGUCACAAAAAGAUGGCUGGACCUUCUCCUUCAGGAUUUUUUGGUAGACAGCAAAAUUCAUGGUUCCAUUUAUCCCAGCAAGUCUUCCAGGUCCUGAAGCAGCAAAACAACCCCAGACCAUCACACUACCACCACCAUAUUUUAUUGUUGGUAUGAUGUUUUUUUUAAAUGCAGUGUUACUUUUACUCCAGAUGUAAUGGGAAACACACCUUCUAAAAAGUUCAACUUUUGUCUCGUCAGACCACAGAGUAUUUUCCCAAAGCUUUUGGGGAUCAUCAAGAUGUUUUCUGGCAAAAUUGAGUAAAGUCUUAAGUGUUCUUUUUGUUCAGCAGUGGUUUUCUUCUUGGAACUCUGCCAUGUAGGCCGUUUUUCCCCAGUAUCUUUCUUAUGGUGGACUCAUGAACACUUAACUGAGGCAAGUGACGCCUGCAAUUCUUUGGAUGUUGUGUGGGGUCUUUUGUGAGCUAUUGGAUGAGUUGUCGCUGCGCUCUUUGUGUAAUUUUGGUUGGCCGGCCACUCUUAGGAAGGUUCACCACUGUUCCAUGUUUUUGCCAUUUGGGGAUAAUGGCUCUCACUUCACUGGAGUCCCAAAACUUUAGAAAUGGCUUUAUAAUCUUUUCCAGACUAAUGGAUCUCAGGUAAUCUCAUUUAAGGUAUGUUUUAACGGGAGGCAAUCACUUUUCCACAUAGAACCAAGUGGGUGUGGAUUUUUUUUUUGCCCUUAAUAAUAAAUAGUUUCAUUUAAAAGUUGCAUUAUGUGUUCAGUUGUGUUGUCAUUAACUAAUAUUUAAAUUUGUUUGAUGAUCUGAAACAUUUAAGUGUGACACACGUGCAAAAAAAACACUUUCACACCACUGUACUUGAAUUUGUGCUGGCAAUAUUUGGGACACCUCUUAGCAGAGCUUCCGAAUGACAGAUGAAAUGGAAAUGUGUUGUGUUCUACAACUGUGUACUCAAUAAAUGCACAAGUGAGUAUACAGUAUAAUAUUAUUUUAAUUAUUUUAUUCAUCAAGUGAAAGCCAAAGCACAUCAAAUUCACCCAAUGUCAAAAACAAUGCAGGUUUUCUAUGGACACUGUCCGAGGUCAUUUGUAUGUAUGUGUAUGUUAUUCCUUAAAAAAAAACAAACAAGAACACUAAUAUGAAAUUUCACAUGUGAUGUUGUAGUUGGGAUACAGCAGGGGUGUUCUGUAUAUAGCGGGCUAGGUGGGCCUUAUGCGGCCCUGACGGGGGUUUAUUUAUUUAUUUCUUAUUUAUUUCAAUAGUUGCAUCCCUGCUUCUCAAAUGUAUACUUUGAAUUAUUUCCCCGCUUAUGCUUAAUAUACAUUUUAAUGGAAAACAGCGAUUGUGAUUCUUUUGCAAACUUUGUUUCACAUGGCAUCAAAAGACUGGUUGUCCAUACUUGUGAAGUGUUAAAUAUUUAUUUUGCUCAUCAUUUGAGUUGUGUGCAACCUAACUUAUUAUCUGAUGUGUGUCAUGUAGACUGCAACCAAACUUGUACUCUCUCUCCCCCUUCUAGAUUGUAGCUAUUAGAAACGUUGCCGAUCAGUAGGCUCCAUACACAGCUUAGACUUGCAUGUACUGUCGCUAUGCAUUUAUUUAGCUUACAAGUUAGAUGAAGCUGUUUUGUAUUUUUUAUACACCAUGUACUUUUUUUACUUGUCCCUUAAUAAAAGUAAUUUUGUGAGUUUUA